GCUAUCCGGUCCCGCAACCCCCUGCCGAUGCGGGGGGACGUCACCCCGGUUCCCCCUGGACGAAAUAUAUCCCACGAGAAUCCGAGUGCUUAUACUCGAUAGCCCGUACAUAUUCUUGUCUCUUUUUCACUUCCUCUCACCUUAAUUAUCUCUGAUUCUCCCGCAGAACCCCCCUUCCCGAGCUCAAUUUGGAAUUCCCCCUUCCUUCACCAUGACGUACACGGGCCAAAUCCCCCCCUCGCUCGCCGACAAGAUCGACCCCCGCAUCGUCCCGUUCUUCGAGCGCUUCUACGAGGUCUCGGACACGCCGACCGCGCACGACGACUACGCGGCCUCCUUCCUGCCGGACGCCGACUUCGUGAUGGGCUCCAAGGCCGUCAAGGGCGCGGACCAGGUCCUGGCGCUCCGCAAGGGCCUCUGGACAGGGCCGAUCCAGAGCCGGAAGCACUCGCUGCACAAGAUCUUCCCGUUCGGCGAGGGCGGGCUGGAGUGCAUGCUCUACGGCACCGUGGACUACGGGCUGAAGAACGGCAAGCAGUUGACCGUCGAGUGGGCCGCGAGGGCCGUGUUGGCCGAGUACGAGGGGAAGGAGUUGAGGUUUCGGCUGUAUCAGGUCUAUUUGGAUUCAGCGCCUGUCGCAAAUGCUGCGAAGGAUUAAGGGCAGGCAAAUCUAGAGUGCGAGGAAUAUCCAUGCGAGCAGCUCUUCAAGAUCCCUUUCGAACACUC